AUGGCCUACAUUUUUGAACUUUCUGCUGUCCUUGAUACCGGUUAUGUAGAUGGAGAGAAGGUUGACGACCGAUUUAAAUUUCCCAAUACUGGUAUCUUUAGUGGGUUUAACAAACCAUUCCGGUUAGAAGGGGACAUCUUUGACCUUGAGGUGGAGGGAGAAAUCCCCCCAGAGAUCAAUGUCUUUGAAGACGAUAUUCAUUUCAACGGUGACGGUAAUAUCACAGCUAUCCGUAUUGGAAAUGGCCACGCAGACUACAAGCAACGUUAUGUUAGAACAUAUAGGUUUCUGGCAGAGACUUCAGCUGGAAGAAGUCUGUUUGGAAGAUAUCGUAAUCCCUAUACAGAUUCUGAACUAGCAAAAUCUGUAAUCCGAACCGCUGCAAACACCAACAUCACGUUUUGGAGAGGAAUGCUUCUUGCCUCCAAGGAAGACGGUCCGCCGUACGCCAUGGAUCCCGUGUCUCUGGAAACAAUUGGGUGGUACGACUUCGAGGGCCAGAUUACGGCGCCGACAAUGGCUGCGCAUCCUAAAUUCGACCCUGAUACAGGAGAAAUGAUAUGCUUUGCAUACGAGGCUGGUGGGGAUAGAAAUGAUGGUUUGCGCCGCAUCGCAGUCUCACUCUGCGGCAUGAUUCAUGACUGUGGUAUUACGAAAAACUAUGUUGUUCUGCCAAUGACCCCCCUCAAAUGCUCCCCAGAUCGACUUCGAAAGGGAGGCAAUCAUUGGGCAUGGGACCCUAAGGAACAUCAGUGGUACAGUAUUGUUCCACGGAGGAUGGGAAAGCCCGAGGACAUCGUGUGGUUACGUCCGAUAACAUUUCAUGGCCAUGUUGCCGGUUGCUAUGAAAAUGAUCAGGGGAAUAUCGUGUUCGACCUUACGGUCGCGGACGGUAACGUAUUCUUCUUCUCCACGCCCGACGAUGAGCCAACCGGAAGCGUUGCAAAGCGAAACCGCCUACACAGCCCAACCAAACGCUGGAUGUUCAAUCCAAAUAGUCCUUCAGAGUCAUGGGUAGAGCCAAGCGAGGUAUGGGAUACCAGCGGCGGAUUCUCCCACAUAGAUGACCGUUAUGUCACGAAGAAGUACAAUCAUUUCUGGCAAGCAAAGAUCGGUGGCGCAAGGGAGUAUGAUGUUGCCAAAUGUGAGCCAUCAUUUAUACCAAAGAGCGACGGUGCAAAAGGAGAGGGCUGGCUAAUUGCUUUGUUGAAUCAUCUGGAUGUCCUGCACAACGACGUCGUCAUCUUUGAUGCCCUUAACCUCGCAAAAGGCCCCGUAGCCACCAUUCGUCUUCCAAUGAAACUUCGUCUUGGCCUUCAUGGAAACUUUGUGGAUCAACGAGAUAUUGAGGAAUGGCAAGCAAGAAGGCAACCCAGCGGGGAUGUCGGUCUUGUGAAACCUGCGACAAAGCCGCUACCCUGGCAACUGGAGGCUGAAAACCCCUGA